ACGUUAGAAGUAACUUUGAAAUAGCAAGCGAAGAUUUCGUUGACUCUCGAGGCGAAGAUUACGACUAUGCUAGCAUCAUGCACUACUCUCGUUUCCAAGGCAACAAUGCCCCUGGAGCAGUUGUACUGCAACCGAAGCAAGCAAAUGUUGAGAUUGGACAAAGGGAUGGGUUGAGUCAAGGUGACAUUGAUCAGACCAAAAAAAUGUACAAAUGCAAUGAUAAAGGAGAAAGUGAAUUCGACUAUGUCCCAUCUCCCGAGGAUCAAGAGCAAGGCAGUGCUUCAGGCGACCAAAAAGGACCAAAACCUGGCGAAAUUGAGGCAUGAAAUCUUCUUAAAAUGCUACGAUUACAAAACUAAGGGAUCUAGAAUGUUUGGAGCGUUAGAAAAAU